UAAAAUCAAGUAGCUAUACUAUUAGUGGAUAAGGUGAUAAACCUAAGAAGGUUUUCUGAUUUUGUUUAAACGACUAUUUUUGCUAGCAUUUACAGUGCAGAGACCACGCAAAGUUAGAAUCUAUUUAGCUUUUGCUCUUAACCAGUCUGCUUUCUAAGUCGUCUUUCUAUCAAAAGCGAAUGUUAAACUUGGCACCCAGUUCGUAGCAGACUGUAACGGCGCGCUGUGUUUGUAAACAAUUAACAAAAACAUUGGCUUACCGGCCAACAAGAAAGCACACUCUUAGUGCAGCUCAGUAUAAGGUGGAACAUUAGAAGACUAUCUUAUAAGCCUAAAAGUGCAAUUCAUUUACUAAUAAGAGCUCUAUAGUCUACUUAAUUAUCUGAAUAGGGGUCAGUUGGCAAAGUGCAAACGCUAGUUACUUGGCAGUGGAUUUAAGUGUGUGUCGAACUCUGGCAGUUCGUGAAGUGUUCAUGGUUCGUGAUUUUUAUUAUUUUCAGACCGAUGUUAAUGGAUACUGCUACUUGAAAAGGUUUAUUUAUUGACAAGAUCGGACAGCAACGAUUUUUGAGUUGAAGCACUGUUCUGGGUUUGCUAUGAAAGGGGUUUAGUCGCCUUUCCAACCCACGAGGCGACUUCAUGCUUCUGCAUUUUGAGAAUGCACUGAGGUUUCGAGAUAAGCCAUCGGUAUGAGGCUUUUGGCCAUACAGCAAGCAGUAUAUCGCCAAAUAUUAUCAGCGUAUAAAUAUUGAGUGAUAUAACAACAAAGAGUUUUAUACGAAAAAGCAAUCUUAGUGUGCACAAUGUCAGCUCCGACGUCGCCCGUAAAACGUGUCUCCUCUCGCACACCGAAGUUAUCGGCAAAGAUGAUUGCUCUUGAAGAGGAAGUCAGUCUUAAACGAAGAAAAACUCUUGAAGCGGCAAAAUCAGCACCACCAGUGACAGCAGCUGCAGGUGGGACAGUAAUAACGACAACAGGUCAUAACCAGCAGCAGCUGCCGACUGCAUCAACAGCCGCAAUCAGUGAAACAGACAGCACUAUUGCUGUUGUUGCUGUCGCUUCUGGCAUUAAGAAUAAUUCUACAUCUGCGACGACCACAGGACAACCAAUAUAUUCGACCCCUGCUGCACCAUCGAAGCAGAAGGCUAAAGGCGGUACAUGCAGUUCAAGUCAAUCAAACAGCGCUCGAAACCGAAAACGCAAGUCUGGAUCAAGUUCGGUUAAAUCUGCCGGCAAUAGCCCACGUAAAAAUAGUAAAAAUUCCAGCGCGAAUUUAGUUCCGCCGAACGUUGGGACUUCACCACAGCACGUACCAAUACUUCCUGCCACUUUAGAUCUUCCUUCUGAAAAAGAAGCUCCCAAUCAAACGGCCCAGCAAGUUGCCCUUAUUCGUGGUGCAAUGGGCACCACUGGUCGGGGCGCGGUUUCCGCAAAAUCUGUAGGGUCAACUCAGCCCGUGGACCGUUGUGCGCCUAGCUGUAGCAGCGGUAGCGGGGGAAUGUACGAGGAAAGUGAGCUGGACGUCACCCAAUUCACUACCGAUGGAGGUGGCGGCGGCUGCAGUUCGUCGCAACAGCUUCUUCUAGUAGAUGAUACUUCAGAGUCAACGAUUUCGAUGAUGUCACUGGGUGUCACCUCGGGAUCUUCCGGACUUCCUGCCGCUCCUGUGAACCGCGCAGGUGGUGGUGGAAAGGAGUCGAAAAAGAAAAAAUCGGGUACUGGUGGAAAAAAACUACAGGAAAACAAUGCAAGUGAAGACGAGGCCGAGGAAAAGUGGCUUAUGGCAAUUGAAGCCGGAAAACUAGAGGAGGAUGCGGAACUUCGAUCAAUGAAAGACCCGGCGUUGAUGACUGCACGACAGCGUGCUGUGGUUGAAGCCAAGCAGGCUCGAGUAGAAUACCUCCAGCACAUUCAGGCAUUACACGAAGCCUGGAAAGACCAGGCAGCAGCAGAACAACUUAGCUCGGAAGUUUUGGAGAAGAGAGCUCAGAAAGCUGCUAAAAGGAGGCAACUGGCAGAGGAAAAACGUGAUAAAGAAAAAAAGGAUACAAUUAAAAGACUGCUCAAAAAGGCCGAUUCGCGGCAAAAAACGAAAAAGCUGCAGCGGAGUAAAGCGCAGAUGGUUGCCAAGGUGUGCUAUCGAUAUACCUACGAGGGAAUGACAGUCAGCUUUCCUGUUGAAACCCCUCCAGCUUCAUUGGGAAUCGAUGUCACUUCUAAAAGGGCUCAAUAUCCCACUCCGGUACUGUGCUCCAAUGUUGGCUGUGCCAAUCUCAAAAAGUAUCAGUGCAGUUCGAAUGGUCUACCUGUUUGCAGUUUGCAGUGCUAUCGUCAAGUGUCUCUUGUGCCGCCUUUGGCUCAGCUGCUCGAGUCAGCGGCUGCUGGUUCUCAGGCGGGGACACCAACAGCAGAUGGCCCCACAAAACCUGCAGCCAGUCAUGCAUAUUCCAAAGGAGACACUGCUGCGACUACAGUGGCGCCUACUGAAACUGUUUAGUUCAUGUAUUAUUUCUCUAAUGUGUUAUCAGAAUUUUCACUUUAUGAUUGCGUUACAAAACAGUUUGAAAUCACAGGAAAUUGACUAAUGAACAUUAGGUUGGCAUGCUACCACCAUUUAGGGUUGGUCAUAUUGGCUCCUUAUUCAUAUUGGCUUCAAAGGGUAACAUACAUAUUUUUCCUUUAAGAUACCUCUUACCAUAAUAAAAGGCCAUGUUUGCCUCGCUCUAUGUCCCUCCGUGUUGCAUCUUAGUGGUACAAUUAUUUGUCUAAUUCGUUUAACUGCGGCUAAAAUGCAAUACCACCUAUUAUGUCACGAUCUAAUGUAAAAAUAUUAUAAUCAUUACGGGCCUUGCUUUGUUUAACAUUGUAUUUAGAUUAAUGAGCCAAUAUUAUGUGCAUUGCUUUCCGGUUUCGACAUUGCCCUACGCAUUCAAUAUUAUAUUUAACAAGUGAAACAAAUGAUCAACAGUUCUUUUUAACUGAUCUCUGAUUUUAUAGUUUAGAGAGUGACGGUUAUAUUGAGGUCACAGUAAACAAACAACGUUAGUAAAACCAAACUCCUUUUGUAAUAUAUGGUCGAACUGCAACAGGGCAACAACGUGGUACGCAGACUAUAUUAGUUGACAGGUAACGCAAAAUAACUUUCGGCAAAUAGUAGACAAGCAAGAUCGUCGAGAUUUACAUAAAAAGGAUUUAAAAUCAUAUAUAGGAAGCAUUGAGCUGCACUGCAUUUGUAUUAUAUAUUGUAAUAUAUCAACUGAAAACCCGUACAAUAAGAGUUUUCUGUAUAGUAAUUACGAUGAAAUUAAGUUAAAUUUGUCGUUGUCUGCUCAUGGAAAGACUGAGAAAUACCCGUAGCAGAUAAAUCGAAUUUUAUGUGAUGCGAGCU